AGGAGAAGAAGGAGGGUCGUCUUGGGAGGGAAGCAGGAGUGUGGACGGCCGAGUUUAAAAAGGCAGACAGCGCCAACAGUCACUCACUCUCUCACACAAUCUGCCCUCGACCCAACUCCCAGCAGCAGUGAGCUCAGCAGAUCCUACAGCUGCUGUGAUUCUCUCAUUUCUGCUUUGACUCACCACCGAAGCCUUGGAACUGUACAGGACUCUAUCUUUUUUUUCUUCUGAAAACAAAGGAUUUUUUUUUUAAAAAGAUCUUUUUUUGCUGCAGCAUGGAGACCACCACUGGGGAAUAUGCCGAUAACUAUAUGUUUGAGUAUUAUGAUGACAAUGAGACUGUGCCCUGUGACUUCUCAGAGUGGGAGCCCUCUUAUUCCCUCAUCCCGGUGCUCUACAUGCUCAUCUUCAUCCUGGGCCUGUCAGGCAACGGCGUGGUCAUCUUCAACGUCUGGAGAUCCAAAACUAAGCGUCGGGCUGCAGAUGUCUACAUAGGAAGCCUGGCCAUUGCUGACCUCACCUGUGUUAUUACCCUGCCUCUCUGGGCCGUGUACACAGCGCUGGGCUACCACUGGCCCUUCGGCGUGGCUCUGUGUAAGAUCAGCAGCUAUGUUGUUCUGGUCAACAUGUACGCCAGCGUUUUCUGCCUCACCUGCCUGAGCUUUGACCGCUACUUGGCCAUUGUGCACUCUCUGUCCAGCAGCCGGCUGCGCUCGCGUGGCACCAUGCUGGCAUCCUUGGGUGCUAUCUGGUUCCUGUCCGCCCUGCUGGCUGUACCCACGCUGCUCUUCCGCACCACUGUGAACGACCAAAACAGCAACCGGACCACGUGCACCAUGGACUUCAGCCUGGUGACCAUCAACCACAGGCACGAGUCCCUCUGGAUUGCCGGGCUCAGCCUGUCCUCCUCUGCCUUGGGCUUUCUCCUACCUUUCCUGGCCAUGACCAUCUUCUACUGCUUCAUCGGCUGCACCGUCACACGCCACUUCAACAACCUGCGCAAGGAGGACCAGAAGAAGAAGCGGCUGCUGAAGAUCAUCACCACACUGGUGGUGGUUUUCGCCAUCUGCUGGACUCCCUUCCACGUCCUCAAGAGCAUGGACGCCCUCUCCUACCUGAACCUUGCUCCGAGCUCCUGCGGCUUCCUGCGCUUCCUGCUGCUGGCUCACCCCUACGCCACCUGCCUGGCCUACAUCAACAGCUGCCUCAACCCGUUCUUGUACGCCUUCUUUGACCUGCGUUUUCGUUCCCAGUGUCUGUGCCUGCUCAACCUGAAGAAGGCUAUGCACGGCCAAAUGAGCUCCAUGUCAUCCACGCUCAGCGCCCAGACUCAGAAGUCAGAGAUUCAGUCUCUGGCCACCAAGGUGUAGAACAGAAAAGGAAAGGUGGAGCGAGGCUGCGGGCCGGUCCCGGCUCCAACCGCUGGAACACUUGUAUAAAUACAGACUUUACAUGGUCGUUAUUGAAAGCUGGUAAGCUGAGAUGAUGAACUUUCACUGCUCACAGUCAUGAAAUCCAUAAUAUGUUCCUCCUAUUCUGCUGUGAGAUGUGGAUGCUCUGUACGUUGCGUGGACUUGAAGCGGGAGCCAGCUGGCUGAGCUCCUCAGCUGCUUUGUUCCUCAAAUUCUCAGAGAAAAAAAAGUCUAUUUUUGUUUUGUCCUGCUCUGAAAAAGUUCUCAUUUCCAUCACGAACGAGUUGUGAUUUCAAAGACACAUACACACAAUGAUGUUGGUAAUUGUAAAUCAAUUUAAAAAGAAAUCUGUUUACACUGGAUGAAACACAAAUCUGUACAGUAUUUUCAUACCAUAGCUUUUUUUUUCUUGUUCAAAUCUAUUGCUGUUUUGUUUUAGAAGCACUUGUUAAAAAGAUGUGUGAGCAGGGAAAUCAAACAGAGCAGUGUCCUCUUAAAAGUUUGCUGUUUGUGAAGGUAGAAGUCUGCAGGAGGGAGGGGAGAAAAGGUGUUGUGGCUUAAUUAUAUAGUUUGUUGAGAGGAGACGGGGGGCAGACAGGCAGAUGGCAAUUGACAAAUGUUGUAGGGGAACAGGAACGGGGUUGGGGUGGGGCGGGGUGGAGGGGUUUCACAGUGUAGUCACAGCACUAAAAGGGGACAAAGGAACUCUGUAAAUAAAUGUAU